GUUGUGGACUAGACUGACACCCGGCGAACACCAACGCCCUGAACCACAACGCAGCCUUCGCCAAGCAUCGCGGCCUCCCUCCCGACCUCAAUUGCGAGUCGCCGCUCUCUUCCGUCUUUGCAUUGAGUUCCAAUUGGAGCUCCGUCGCCCGCCAUGAGCGACACCGCCAGCAACGAGGCCUCGUCGCCAACAUUCGAGAAGCCCGUGAGGACCAGCUCCUCCGGCCCCCAGAUCCAACGGAAUGCCAGCACCAAGCAGCUAAAGCUCAUGAACGGCCCCCUCUACCAGCAAGGCCACAACAACGUCAACGUUGUGCUUAUCCGAAGAGUCAGGAGGACAGACGACAGCGCCUGGAAGAUGCUGAGCCGAUGGAUGGUUGAGAACCAAGUCGGCCUCUCUUUCAACCUCCUGGCCCUCCUCUUUCUCGCCCACUUCUUCAUCCCAAAGGCGCAGCCUCACACGGUCAAGUUCUUCACUCUGUCCUACUACAACCAAGAAACUGGCCUGUAUGGCGCCGGCCUCGGUGACUCGAGUCUCCUCGCCUUCUGCAUCGUCCUCUUCACCGGCCUGCGCGCCGCUACCAUGGAAUACGUGCUGGCACCCUUGGCCAAGGGUUGGGGCAUCAAGAAGCGCAAGGACCUCACCCGCUUCAGCGAGCAGGCCUGGCUGCUGAUUUACUACAUGGUUUUCUGGCCCCUGGGCAUGUACAUCUACAAGUCGUCUCCCUACUGGCUGAACCUCCGCGAGCUGUGGACGAACUGGCCCCAGCGUGAGCUUCCCGGCCUCACCAAGUUCUACAUCCUCGCGCAGUGGGCUUUCUGGCUGCAGCAGAUUCUUGUCAUCAACAUUGAGGAGCGUCGCAAGGACCACUGGCAGAUGUUCACCCACCACAUCAUCACCUGCACCCUGAUCUCCGCCUGCUACAGCUAUCACCAGACCCGCGUCGGAAACCUCAUUCUUGUUCUCAUGGACGUUGUUGAUCUCUUCUUCCCUCUCGCCAAGUGCCUCAAGUACGUCGGGCUGAACACUCUCUGCGACUUCAUGUUCGGCGCCUUUGUCCUGUCGUGGUUGAUGGCCCGUCACGUCUUCUACCUGAUGGUGUGCUGGUCCAUCCACACCCAUAUCCCCGAGGAGAUCCCCGACUCGUGCUACACCGGCCAACACCCCAACCUGGACGGACCGCUGCCCAUUCCCGAAGGCAAGAGCUGGAUGCUGGAGCCUUUCUACAAGACGGACGGCAUCGUUUGCUGGAACUCCACCAUCCGCUGGUCCUUCCUCUCCGCUCUUCUUGUUCUGCAGGUCAUUACCAUUGGAUGGUUCUUUAUGAUUCUGCGUGUCGUCAUGAAGGUCCUUCGCGGCGGAAACGCCGAAGACACCCGCAGUGACGAUGAGGGCGAGGGUGAGGAGGAGGAAGACUACGUCUACGAGGAGGCGCAGGCUCUGGAGGAGGAGGUUGGCGUUGAGGACAUUGACCUCAAGAGCUGGGAGCGGAGAACGGGCAUAAAGAGGCAGGCAAGCUCCUCGGGCGUCAGUCUGCCGGGCCACAGCGAUCGCAAAGAGCUGCUUGGUAGAAUCGGCUGCGAGAAGCAGGUCGACUAAAUCUGAGGACUGGAAGCCGCCCCAAGGAUACAACGAUUCCAACCCGGGCGGGGGUGGUGGUCCGGUGUAUACAACGAGCUGAUGUAUAGGGGAACGGGAGAGGAGUUAACAGAAUUGGUCCACAUGGUCGGGAAAGACUGCGGCGCCACAUUUUCACGUACUUUGCUAGAGCAUAGUGCACGCCUGGAUGGCGGGCACACAGGCAUAGAUGACAUUUGACUUUUUGCGUUUGCGAGAAGAGAACCCGUGGGGUUAAGAAGAAAAAAAGACAAGGUCAACAUCUCACGUCUUGGUAGGGAUUUUGCCGAGUUGGACUUGGUCUAAGAAACGAAUGAAAAGAAUUUUGAGUUGAUGAUGCAAAUCAUAAUGUGCUCGCUCAAUGUGUAGUCCUGAAUCGGCUUCUCAAGUGCGACUCUUGCAUGAUGAUUUGCUGCGGUUGAGCACUUCGAUGGUCAAGGAAUACAGACAUUGAGUUUCAUUUGACAGAAGGGGUCUGAGAAAGAGAAAUGCCAUGUCUUCCUGCUCUCUUCCUCGAUAUUUGUUGUGUUGAGUUGAAACUGAUGCUGAGGUUGUUGCUGUCGUCGCCAGGUGCGUCAUUGGCGCCUGGUGUUGGCGCGGAGGGCAUAGUUGUAAACGAGGUCUUUCUGGAGGUCUUUGACGAACCCGGCGAACAUUCCCUUUUCUCUUGAACUCCAUGAUGGCGAAUGCUCGAGUACUGAGGGCCCGGUUCCGCAGCGCUUAAAGUUGGGAUCCGUACUCGGCCGGGCAUCUUGAGACCGUAUGCGAUGUCGGGCCGAACGUUGAGUUGCACUCUUUUGUUGGUUUUUGGAUCCGUUGUAAAAGGCCCCGUUGGCCGUCGACAGGAGAAUGUACGGGUCGUAUGAUGUCGUCUGCACCUCGAGUCUUAAAGGGCACGUACGUUGACGGCCAGAGACUUGUAGAAACGACGGUUGUUGACAUUGUCGAUCGGAAGGUGACGCCACUGAACACCUCCCUCGACGGUAACGCGUACGUAAACGCCGUUUCUUGCUAUUCUGGAAGACAAUUUUGACGACGUUCCUUAUUCUCGAAUGGCAUCUAUCU